ACGCGCACUGGAGGAAGACAUCCGAUCAAAACAUUUCCUGGUUUAUCCGGUUUAUUCCCUCGUCCGUGUGUUAUAUUACUGACGAAUUGGUGAUUUUACAUUUAAAGUCACCCAUGGGCUAUUAGGAGUCCUGAAUGUUGUUGUAGCCCCAGAUGCGGUAAGGAUCCUGGGAUGAACUUGCGGAGAACAUGCGUCCUUGUCUCUACCACGGCCUUUGUGCUGCUUCUCUUACUGCUGUAUGGAGGUCUGGGCUCGGUGCUUCGGGCCUCCAGCGCCGCUUUAAGGGACUACCAGCUGCUCGGUAGUCCGCUGUACAAGCUCGACCUGACGUGGCCCCGUAACCCCGAGCUCUUCACCGGCGCAGUGUUCGCGGUUGCGGUAAACCAGUAUGCCGGUUUGGUGUACGUCGCGCAGAGAGGUGACAAUGUGCCCAAGAUGCUGGUGUUCAGCACAGAUGGACAUUUGCUGAUGUCAUGGAACAGCAGCACUCUGGAGAUGCCCCAUGGCAUUUUUGUGGCUGAUGCAGCUACGCCCAGCCCGAGUGUGUGGGUCACCGAUGUGGGUACAGGGCCAUACGGACACUGCAUCAAACAGUACUCUCCGUCAGGAAAACUCCUGCAGGUCCUGGGCACUCCAGGUCAGCCUGGCUGUGGGGUCAGCCCUCUGCAGUUCGACCAGCCUGCUGAAAUCUUUGUGCACACAUCUGGAGAGAUCUACAUAGUGGAUGGAGAUGGGGGGAUGAACAACCGCCUCAUCAAACUGUCCCCGGAGCUGGAGGUCCUGUGGAUGCAUGGGGAGAAGGGGCAGGGCCUGGCACAGUUCUACAUUCCCCACAGUGUAACCGUGGAUGCUGCUCAGAGGGUGUGGGUGGCCGACCGCGGCAACAAACGCAUUCAAGUUUUUAACUCUGUCACUGGGGAGUGGCUUGGUACAUGGGGCAGCUGCUUCACUGAGGAUGCACCUUACUCUGUGCGCAUAACCCCCGACAAGAAGCACCUAGUAGUAGUGCAGCUCAACACCAACCAACUGUCAGUGUUAGAGGCGCCUCCUGUGGGUAUGAUUGGUCAGUGUAGGGUGGAGAGCGUGAUCCAACUGGGGGAGGACACAAAGCCUCACCUGGUGGACCUGGAUCUGAAGACAGGAGCUCUGUAUGUGGCAGAGAUCGGAGCUCAGCAGGCCCAGAAGUUCACCCCGUUCAGCCUGGGGGGAAGUCUGCUGUAGGGGCUCAGUGGAGGAUAGGGUUGGCCAAUUUGUAAAAGUUUAUUUUCAGUUACAUUGGUAUAAGAGUAAUACAGUAUGCAUACUCUUAGUAGGUGUUAGGUGGUUGGCAUGCCGACUGUGAUAUAGGCUUGAAUGCAAAUGUACAGGACGCCUGGCUUCAGGUGCAGAGAUAAUCAAAUCCGAUAAUAAUCAUGAUAAUCAUCAGAGUCAAUCCUUUCACACCUCCUCAGCUCACUUCCACAGCUCUGUUGCGUCUAUCUGGGUCUCACCAAAGUGAAGUUUCAUUUUCCUGGUUGUCUUUGGGGAGAGGCAUGUCCUCACUGUGUGGCUGUAUCGCACUAGAUCAUUUAGUAACAUUAGUAACCUGAGUUUCACUUGUUCAUAUUAUGAAACCUGUUUGGGAGCAUUAUUUGCACUGGCACAGAUGCUCUUGUGAGUCACUGUGUAUAUCCUUAAGGCUUUUUUUUACUGUUCUUACACAUGUGCACUGCACUGGAAAAAAAUGUUCUCUUGUUUUUUGUGUUUUUCUAAUUUAAAAUUGAUUUUGAAUAUUUUAUUUUUGUAUUUCAUCUCAUCAUGUAUAAUAUUAAAAUGUAUGUAUAAAUUCCUACCAAUAAAAUUAUUACAUAACAAUAUAAUUGUAUUGUUCUCACAUGUGGUGUGCAUGUUGCAUAGACAACAAUAUAGUUGGUCCAUCACUGUACAAUACCAGACAUAAAUAUAAACUCAUUAAUAUUUUAGAUUGUUUUAAAGAGCACAUGGCUAAAAAGACUAAUUUAACAUUCAAUUUAAAGUAUAUAUAGAUAUAUAUCACCCCAAAAAUAUUAAGCCUAGAUAUUGUAAAUUAUAUCCAGUCUUAGAACUGCACCAGGGAUAUAUUCUUACUUAAACAACUCCAGGAUAUGAACAGAAGGGGGCGCACUAUCAAGGCUAAAUUUAAAACCCAUCCUUGACUAGUUUUAAGUGACUCCUCGUGUAUUCUAAUUCCUAAUUUACACACAAUAUGUAAUUUCAUUCUGUAGUCAAUGCAUUGAGUCAGUUUGAUCAGGUUUCCAUUUGUGAUUUACUGUACACAGAAUACACAGCAUUAUUUUUGUAUUCAUCAUAUAUAAUCCUAUAUAUGAACAAAAGUGAUUUAAUCAGACAUGAGAAUAGGCC